AUUGACGAGGCCGCCAAGCGUUGUGCGAGGCAGCGCUGGCCAGGUGCGCUCGAGCUGGGCGGCGUCGCCAUGCUGCGCCCUGGCGCGCUGGGGCGGGCAGCGCGGACUGUUGCUGAGGGUGCGACCCUGGCCGAGAUUGGCGGCGGUUUGCCCUGCGUCGAGGCCAUCAAAAAAGCCUUCAGCGAGCACCGUUGCAAGUCGUUCGUGGAGAACGUGGUCGGCAGGCCUCAGGGCGACGUCGCGCUUGUCUCUGAGGAGCUGAGGAUCAAUCCGUACCGCAUCGAAGCCAUCGAUAUGCGCCUGGCGGGGCGUCCUCGGCUGCGCUGGCUGUCCUGGAAGUUGGUAGCCCGCGAGAGAGUCGCUGCCGUCGGGGGAGAUGGCCACUGCUGCAGGAUCAAGCCCCAUGCGGAUCCCAACCUCUCCCUGAUCUGGGCCGAGGACGGGCGGGGCUUGCUGGGCCUGAGGCGGGCGCCCCCCACAUCUGCGAAGGCGUGCAAGGGUAUCGGGGCCGCGGGCGGCCCUGCAGUG